UUAAUGAACAACGUUGGCAGCCUGUGUUUAUUUUGAUUUUUUUUCUUCGUUAAACUCGUGAUUUUCCAAAAUUGCAUCAUUUUAAUGUGAUUUGAAUGAUUUAUUUUUAAAACAAUUUCGAUUCGAACUGGAAAAAUGGAUCCAAAUCCAUUUGAUGGCAAUCCAUCAUCAUCAUCAGCGUUUAGGAUUUUCGAUAAUUUAAAACCCAAUCAAAUAGAAUCACCAUUUUUGAAUCGAUCGUUGCAAUUACCCGAUCAAUUUGCCUCUGAAUUUAUCGUUCCCGAAGGUACGGCUCGUAAUCGUGGCCGUUUUGAAUUGGCAUUCUCACAGAUUGGUGGUGCCGUUAUGGUUGGUUCAGGUGUUGGCGGUGCUGUUGGCACCUAUAAAGGAUUGAAAGAAGUGUCACAAUUGGAGGCAUUUUUAUCGGUGAAACGAACACAAUUGCUCAAUUAUAUCACACGUAAUGGUGCCAGAAUGGCCAAUACAUUCGGAACAAUUGCUCUCACAUAUUCGGCCAUUGGUGUGGCACUUAGUUUUGUUCAAGAAGAUAAUGAUGAUAUCAAUACAAUGGCAUCAGCAGUGACAACUGGUGCAUUAUAUGGUGCAUUGACUAAACCGAAAACCAUUACCGAUACUGCCAAUAUUUCGUCGAAAUUGAUGUGGAAAAUGCGAGCAAAACGUUCCGGUAUCGGAUCAUUGAUCGGAAUACUAGCUGCCGGUGGUUAUAUUCUAUUGUUUAACCGUGAAAAAUAUUUGGCCAACAAUCGUUAUUAAAUUUUGUGAUUUUCGAUUUUUUCAAAUUCAAAAUAAAAUUCGUCGAUUUUGUUUUAUUCGUAA